AAGUUUGUUAUACAUAAUUGAGACUCUAUGGCGUUUUUCUCCCGUCUAAAAACAACGCUCAAUGCAUCUUGAAAUUGAAAACUGUUUAUUUACUUGUUUGCGUUUGGGUACUUUAUAUGCUUUUAGAAUUUUAGUUUGUUAAAUUUAUCACAAAAUGACUACGCUGAGACCAUUUACCUGUGAUGAUAUGUUGAGAUUUAAUAAUGUGAAUUUGGAUCCUCUGACAGAAACUUACGGCAUGUCCUUCUACAUGCAGUACCUGGCCCACUGGCCGGAGUACUUCCAGGUCGCAGAGUCCGCCAGCGGCGAGAUCAUGGGCUACAUCAUGGGCAAGGCGGAGGGCCACGGGGAGAACUGGCACGGCCACGUGACUGCGCUGACCGUGUCGCCAGAGUUCCGGCGCCUGGGGCUGGCCGCCACGCUCAUGCACUGGCUCGAGGACAUUUCCGAGAAGAAGAGAGCCUACUUCGUGGACCUGUUUGUGCGAGUGUCGAACAACGUGGCCAUCAACAUGUACAAGCAGCUGGGCUACGUGGUGUACCGCACCGUGCUGGAGUACUACUCCGGCGAUCCCGACGAGAACGCCUACGACAUGAGAAAGGCGUUAUCGAGGGACGUGAAGAAGAAAUCCAUAGUGCCACUGUCACACCCGGUGCGUCCCGAAGACGUGGACUGAAAGCAGUGUCGACAGCCAAUGAAUACCGCCA